AUGGGGUGGUCUGGACCUGUGACAGCCCCUGCAGUGGAGUCAGUACUGACUGCGUGAGACCCUGCUCAUUUGAAAAUCUGACAUCAGCUGGGCAGUCGCCCCCUCCAUCCCUCCUCCCUCUACUCUGACACAGCAUUUAACACCUGAAUCUUCACUUCUCUCCCAGGGACCCUCCAUUCCCCAUAUCCUGGAAAAUGUGAUGAGCUACAGGUAUCAGCUUCUAGAUCACCACUUUAACGUUCUAGCUACAAGUACUCGAGCAGAAGAUCCAGGGGCAGCGAGGUCCAUCAGGAAGAUGUCUAAAGAAAUGGCAGACCAAAGAGAAGAAGGAGCAGCUGGGGAAAGAGUGGCAUGCAGAGAUCAGAUCAAAGAAUCGGACAAAGACCAGGGGACAGCCAGCCCGCUGGCGCAACGCGCAAGAUGCACAGGUACCCGCAGAUUGCAACGUUCUCGGGGCGAAUGCUUUCUGCCUUGGAAGCCCACGGAUCCAAGGAGCUGUGGGCAAUGAAAAUCAGCGCCAGCUGGAUGCCCGCCUCUCCCCCUCUUCGGGGGUUAAAUGGCGGAUAGUGAAGUUGUGGGCGGAGGGCCGUGAUUGCGGCCUCGAGGGGCGGGCUGAGGGAUCCUGCUGACUCAUAUCUGGAGCAUAUCUUGGGGCCUGGAGGGAGGCGCCUGUCCCCUUUGGUUUUGGUAUCCGGAGGGUAACGGACCGCAGGAACGGACAGUGCCGGUCGCGAGGAGGAACCACCAGCUGCUUCAUCCCAUGGCCAGGGGUGGCGUCCAGGUGGCAGAGCACCUAGGAACUCAAGGCCUGAACCCGGGGCCAGACCCCCUGCACUCCCCAUCAUGGUCAAUGACCCACCAGUACCUGCCUUACUGUGGGCCCAGGAGAUGGGCCACGUCCUGGCAGGCCGUGCCCGCAAGCUGCUACUGCAGUUUGGGGUGCUCUUCUGUACCAUCCUGCUCCUGCUCUGGGUGUCUGUCUUCCUCUAUGGCUCCUUCUACUAUUCCUACAUGCCGACAGUCAGCCACCUCAGCCCCGUGCAUUUCUACUACAGGACCGACUGUGAUUCCUCCGCCUCCUUACUCUGCUCCUUCCCUGUUGCCAAUGUCUCACUGGCUAAGGGUGGACGUGAUCGGGUGCUGAUGUAUGGACAGCCGUACCGCGUUACCUUAGAGCUUGAGCUGCCAGAGUCUCCUGUGAAUCAAGAUUUGGGCAUGUUCUUGGUCACCAUUUCAUGCUACACCAGAGGCGGCCGAAUCAUCUCCACCUCUUCACGCUCCGUGAUGCUGCAUUACCGUUCAAACCUGCUCCAGAUGCUUGACACACUGGUCUUCUCUAGCCUCCUGCUGUUUGGCUUUGCAGAGCAGAAGCAGGUCCUGGAGGUGGAGCUGUACCCAGAAUACAGGGAGAACUCGUAUGUGCCGACCACCGGAGCCGUCAUCGAGAUCCACAGCAGGCGCGUCCAGCUGUACGGAGCCUACCUCCGCAUCCACGCCCACUUCACUGGGCUCAGGUACCUGCUGUACAACUUCCCGAUGACCUGCGCUUUCGUUGGCGUCGCCAGCAACUUCACCUUCCUCAGCGUCAUCGUGCUGUUCAGCUACAUGCAGUGGGUGUGGCGGGGCAUCUGGCCCCGACACCGCCUCUCUCUGCAGGUAAACAUCCGAAACAGAGAAAGGUCCCACAAGGAAGUCCAGCGGAGGAUCUCUGCCCAUCAGCCAGGAGGCACAGGGCCCCAAGGCCAGGAGGAGUCCACUCAGCUGUCACCCAUUACAGAGGAUAGUGAGAGCCGUGCAGAUCCCUCGGAGCCAGAAGGCCAGCUGUCUGAGGAGGAGAAACCAGAUCAACAGCCCCUGAGUGGCGAGGAGGAGCUAGAGCCCGAGGCCAGUGACGGUUCAGGCUCCUGGGAAGAUGCAGCUCUGCUGACGGAGGCCAACCUGCCUGUUUCUGCCCCUGCCCUUGCCCCGGAGACCGUGGGCAGCUCUGAACCCUCCACAGGCACUGUCCGACAGCGCCCCAUUUGCUCUAGUUCCUGAAGAGAAUAG